AUGGGUUUGGGGGAUAGUAUACUUGGUGGGGUAAAUGGUACUCUCGAUGUGUUUGUGAGGAAGGCAAAGGACUUACCGAACUUGAGAAAAAUCGAUAAGCAAGAUCCAUUUGUGAAAUUGAGAAUUGCACAUAUAACAAUUGUUUCAGAUACAGUAUAUAGAGGCGGUCAAAUACCGGUUUUUGAUUUUCAUGCUGUAUUUGAGCUUACUCCAGGUAUGAAGCAUGAGUUGCAUGUGGAGUUAUAUGAUGAUCAUAAACAUGGGUCUAAAAUUAUUGGGAGAUGUGUUGUUGAUCUAAAGCCUGCUCUUUACAGUGAUCCUGAAGAUGGCUAUGAUCGUUGGUAUGAGCUAAAUCUGGGGGAUGAUGAGACAGGUAAGAUAUAUAUCGAGCUGACAUUUAAGCCACACACUCCGAACAGCCAGCCUGAAUCAUGCAUUCAAUCUGUAUCUUCUGCUGUUUCCCAUUCAGUUUCUAAAAGAGGGCCACCACUGCCAUCAGAGAUCCCUUACGUCCCAUAUGGUAAAGGGCAAUUAACACCAGGUCCACCGAAAAAGAGCCCAGAGUAUGUGCAUGGAGGUCAUGUGGGCCAACCGUUGCCUAUUCGAAGACGCGCUCCGGACACCCUCCAGUACAUUCCAGCAACUCCUGGUUCACAGCCAGAAAACGAAUUAAACGAGAUUCCCAACUUUAGCUCUAGCAUCGACUCCAUCGAGGACAUCGAACUGCGUAGCUCGCAUAAUUCGCAAGAAACAGGCAUUACUGCCAAACUGAAACAACUGAAGGAGAGAUGGAAUAAUUUUAAGCAAGGCAGUGGUGAGCACCAUCAAGAUACUCGCGCUGAUGUUGAUCUAGAAGCGCUACAAAGAGUAGUGGGUGUAAGUCCAGAACGUGUCAAAUCUACUUUAUCACAUCACUCGGCACAUUUGUCUAAGCUUGAAUUACAACCACCUCUACCACCAUUACCAGUGGACGCGGACAGAAAAUCUCGCAGUUUAAGCCCUUCACAAUACAGUCCACAGCAAAUAUCCAGAUCAAGAAGCCCUGCCUUUGUCCGCAAGUCGAUGGAUCUUCCACCACUCCCCCAAGAGGCUAUCCAUAGGCAGCCUCGUUUGCCUGUUAGAAAAAGACCUCCCUCUAAAUACUGA